GGUUUGUCUAUUUCUGGACUCUAAGUCCCUCCCCCUGGGACUUAUGGCCUGGUGGGCGGAGCCUAAGAGCGAGCCUUCAGCUCCGACCUGGGUGGGAGACCACAACCUGCACCAAACUAAGGAGGGCUUCCAGGUCUGUGCUCUAUGAUGGAUUUUAAAAUUGAAUACACUUGGGAUGGUUUUCCAGUGAGGCAUGAGCCAGUGUGUGUCAGGCUGAGUCCAGAUGAGAAGGGAGUGAAAAUGGAGGUUAGUGCUCCACUUUUCAAUGAUCCUCCAACCCCUCCUGGAGAACCAGGAAAGCCUUUCAGUGAACUUUGGAAUUAUGAAGUUGUGGAAGCAUUUUUCUUGAAUGAUAAAACUGAGCAGUAUUUAGAAGUUGAACUUUGUCCCCAUGGACAACAUUUAGUUCUUUUACUCUCUGGAAGAAGAAAUGUUUGGAAAAAAGAGCUUGAGUUAUCGUUCAAAGUGUCCAGGGGAGAGACUAACUGGGAAGGCAAAGCUUAUCUUCCUUGGAGUUAUUUCCCACCAAAUGUGACACAGUUCAAUUCAUUUGCAAUCCAUGGAUCAAACGAUAAAAGAGAGUAUGAAGCCCUUUACCCUGUGCUACAGCAGGAACUGCAGCAAGGACAAAAGCCUGAUUUCCAUCGUCUAGAAUAUUUCAAGCCUUUCAGUUUCAACACACUGCUUGGAGAAGACUGGAAGCAGCCAGAAUCAGACCUGUGGCUAAUAGAGAGACCUGCUAUGUAGGAGUAUAGUAGAUAACCAACUACGUCA